AUGCAUCGGGUGCGCGAACUUUUCCCCACCAGCCUCAGCCGUGGCAGCAGGGACGAGCCGCCGCCGCACUUGGGCCGGUGUGAGAACCGCCCCGCCUUCCCGUUGGCCAGUAGCACGACUGGAGUGCGGCGGCAGCAUGCACUGCGAGUGCGGGAGAAGUGCAUCGACGCCAUCUCGCUCUCCAUGAUUCUUCAACGGCGCCAUGACCGUGCGCAACGUGGGCCCUACAAGUCCGAUUCUUCACUCAAGCAUCGUCCUGCGGCGUGGCUGGGUGAGGGGGAGGAGGAGGCAGGCCUGGAGCAGCUAUCACAGGCGUUGGUGCUGCAGUGUGGCGAGGUGGUCAGGCAGGCCGCCCUGCCAGUCAAGCAGCCCAUGCAGAAACUUAGCCUCACGCACAUCAAGGAGGAGUUGGUGCGCAGCCAGGCGACAGUGGAGGAGCUGAGAGACGUGGUGGCAGGACUGCAGGGCCUCAUAGUGCAACUGCUCCACCGCACACGUCCUCCCACUGCUGCCACUCUCGCGGCCAUGUCAGCGCCAUCCACGCCGCAGGACUGCAUGCAGUUGUCGCCGUCGCUGCUUCAGGUGCCAUCGACUCACUCAGUCGGGAGGGAGCGGCCACUGGAGCAAGCGCUGAGCCUGAGGGAGGUACAAGCGCGUUGCAGCAGCGGAGGGUUGGGUGGGGGUUCCGACAGGAGGGCAGUGGAGGGAGAGGUUGUGGUCUCGUUGGGAACGAGAGGUGGUGGAAGCGUUGCAGGGGGGAGUAUAGGUAGAAGCCUCCCCCGGCUGUCAAAGCGUGGGUCAAGCGAGUGGAUGGAGUUUCGUGAAGUCACGGAAGCUGAUGGCAGGAGAGCACCUUGGGAACAGGGGUUGCAACAGCGCUUCAGUGACUCGUACUAG